AUGGAGGACGAUCUAGCGUAUGAAUUAUUUCAUGAAACUGAUAAGCUUUUGAAUGGUAGUACUGACUUACAUAAGAAAAUUACAAAAUUCCCAGAAUACGUUAGAUAUUGCCCCAAUAAUAAACCAUGCUCAAAUAGGAUUGAAGGUAUUGGUGCUUUGACUGGGUAUUUAUUUAUGGCGUUAAACACUGAUGAAAGCAAGUAUUAUGAAUAUUUUAUUAUGUGGUUAGCUCAUAAUUUAUUUAAGAUAGCCCAAAAAAGAAAAAAUAGUAACAUCAAUCAAAUUACUUUAAGUUCGGCUUAUGAACAAUAUUUAAAGAAACAUAUGGGUAAUUUUGACGAUGUGAAUAUUUUAAAUGAUCUAAUGAAUUCGCAAGAUUCUAAUCUUAGGAGUAUGAGUGAAAUGUAUACGUUACUUAAUUAUAUAUAUAAUACGAUUGCAUAUUAUAAAAAAAAUAAGGAAAAUCAUAAGAACCUUUCUCAAAAUUCUAUCAAGUGUCUUAAUCAAUAUAGAACCCUUUACAAGGCUUUUUCUGGAAAUGAUGCACAUCUAUCUCAAUUGCAAAAAUUAAAAAAAAUAUAUGACGAUUUUAGAGCUGCUGCUAUUAAAAAGGAUGUUAAAAAAAAAUAUAAUAUAGAAAAUCGUCUUCCAGAACUUACAGAAAUUAAAAAAAAAAAAAAAAAAUUACGUUCUCCGAAGAAUUUUAAAACAUUAGACUCCAUUGAUCCAAAUGAUCAAUUUGAAGAUGAGGAGGAACCCGAAAUUCCAAAGAAAAGCAGCACUCACGAGGAGCAAAAAGAUCGUAAAAUAGAUGGGAAAAAUAAUGAACAAUACAUAAACCCACAAAAUCCAGUGGAUCAAACAUCAAUCCAAAGAAAAGAACUAUCGGUUUCAGAAAGUACAUCAAAAAUUUCAGAAAAUAGACAGGAAAAUAGUAGAAAAUCCCAAGAAGUGUCUAUAGAAUCAACCCAAAAAAUUUUAUUAAUGAAAACGAAAGAAGAAACAAUACAUCAAAUACAACCAAAACUAGAGCCAGAACCACAAAAUAAAGAGAAUAAGGCACUAAAUGAAGCACAAUCUAAAAUAAAACAACAGCAACCACCAUCACAUCAGCACCCGCAACCAUCAUCACAUCAGCACCCCCAACCACCACCACAUCAGCACUCGCAACCACCACCACAUCAGCACUCGCAACCACCACCACAUCAACAUCAGCAACAACCAGUAUCACCUUCACCACAACAUCAUCAGCAACAACCAGUAUCACCUUCACCACAACAUCAUCAGCACCAACCAACACCAAUACCAACACCCCCCGCAUCCGCUACAACACCAAAAUCAUCAACCUCAUCCGCCACAACAUCAAUAUCAUCAACCACACUGUUCACAGCAACAUCAAUAUUACCAACCGCACCUGACACAACAGCAUCAACACCAUCACCCGCACCCGUUACAACAACAUCAAAACCACCAAUCGUACCCGUCAUAACAACAUCAACGCCACAAACUACACCCGUCAUAACAACAUCACCAGCCGCAUCCGCCGCAACAACAUCAAAUCUACCAACCGCACCCGACACAAAAACAUCAAUAUCAUCAGCCUCAUCCGUCAUAACAACACCAACCAUAAUCACCAAAGCAUCACCAACACCAACCGCAUCCGUUACAGAAUCACCAACCAUAAUCACCAAAGCACCAUCAACACCAACCGCAUCCGUUACAGCAUCACCAACUACAUCCGCUACAACAUCGCCAGACGUAUCCCCAACACACCAAGAAACAUCACCAACUGGAAUUAACACACACCACCAAAUAUCACAACAACACCACGAAACACCACAUCACAUCCAAACCCAAACACAAGAACAACAUGUACAAAUACAUCGAGUAAUACAAGAGCGAUUGCAACCACAAUUACAAUCACAGCAACUACGACAACCGCAACUACAAUCACAACAUACAACGAAAAUUGGAAUUGACUCACACCUUGCAUUAAAAACUGACGAAUCUAACCCAAAUGGUCCAAAGGAUCAAUUGAAACAUGAAAAGAAACUCGAAAUUCCAAAGGAAGACAGCACUAAAAAGGUGGAAACAUAUCAUAAAACAAAUGAGAAUAAUGAACAAAACAACAUGCUACAAAAUUCAAUGGGUCAAAUAUCAAGCCAAAGAAAAGAAACAUCAGUUCCAGGAGGCGCAUUAAAAAUUUCAGAAACAGACCAAGAAAAUAAUAGAAAAUUCCAAGGAGGCACUAUGGAAGAGUCACCAAAAGAAAAUUUACCACCGAAACUGGAAGUUCAAGAACUACCUACAAUAAAACAAGAGCCACAACCAGAACUAAAACCACAACCAGAACUAAAACCACAGCCAGAACCACAACCACAGCCAGAACCACAACCACAGCCAGAACUACCACCACAGACAGAAUCACCACCACAGACAGAACAACAUACAGAACAACAUACAGAACAACAGACAGAACAACAGAUAGAAUCACAAGAUAAAGAGGAUGUGAUACAACCUGAAUCUACACAAAAAAACUCAUUGACUACCUAUGAAACUAUAAAAAAAAUAACAGAAAAGGGAAUUUUACAUGAUUUCUAUAAACUACAUAUUUCAUCUUUUUAUAAAAACCUUACUGAUUAUGGAAAUCGUGUAUAUGAAAGUGCAUCGACUAGCUUAACGAAAGGUUAUUCUGCAUUUAAUAGUUUUACUAAUAAUUUAAUUACUCAAUCAAAUAAAGUAAAUCCUACAUUCCAAUCAGUUGAUAGUAGCAUGCAAUCAGAAUAUAAUAGCAUGGGAUCAGAAGAUAAUAGUAUGGGAUCAGAAGAUAAUAGCAUGGAACCAGAAGAUAAUAACAUUCAAUCAGACGAUUCGAGAAAUGAUUUAUCUUUAUCUGAGGUUCCAUCAGAAAUGCCAUCGCCUUCACCGACACAAGAUAGUGACACAAAAACUGAAUAUGGAAACCAUGAAAAAAAAAACGAAGGCGAAAAACAAGAAAAUAUACUUGAACAUCAAGGGCAAAUAGGUGAAACCAAAAGUGAAGAGCAAAUAAGUAAAGAAAGUAAUGAUCCAAUAAGUAAAGAUGAAGGUAAAGACCAAAUAAGCGAAUCUGGAGGUAAAGACCAAAUAAGUGAAGCUGAAGAACCAACAUCGAUUCAAACUCCUAAAGAGUCAUCAAGCGAUUCUAUCAAUAUAGCACUUGGUCGAGAAAUUGAACAACUUCCUUCUGGAAUCAACGUACAAAAUGGCAUAUUUGCAAAAGGAUUUCCAGGAAUUUUAUUUAAAGAAAAAAAAAUAAUUUUAUAUUCAUUUAUAUUUAUUAUAAUACUCGUUAUUUUAGCAGUUAUGUAUAAGUGUUUAGGAUUUGGGCGAAGAAAAAAGGAGAAAAAAAAAAAAAAAAUAAAAAAGUUCAUAAAAAUGUGUGAUGAAAAUAAUAUCGAAAACUUGCACCACAUUCAUCGAAAAUAA